AUGCAGUCCAGCGAUGGAAACGACUGGGAUGCUUUUUUCGCGAACGACCCCGAAGAAGACGCUUCGAAGCGCUUAUUCCAGAAUGAAAUUCGCCAGAUGCUGUACGGUUUCGGGGAUGCGCGGCAGCCGCGGCGUGAUACGGCUGAGCUUGUCGAGGACUUGUUGCGGACGUACCUCACCGCUGUCGUGCAGCGCUGUGUUGAAGUUGCGAACACGCGUGGCCGAAAGUACCCCGAUGUGAGUGACCUGAGGUUUCUUCUGAGAAAAGAUCUGCGCAAGUUGCGUCGCGUGAACUACUUGGUAGCGAUGAAGGAGGUCAUCGACGAGACCACGCGACGAGGUGGCGAGCUCGAGUCGCUUGGUCGCUGA